AUGGGUGUCUCCAGGCCCUUCUCCGAAGAGGGGCCCGACGAUGACGCCUCGGCCCUCACUUCCUCGUCGCCGCCCACGACAUCGCUGUCUCUUACUCCCCAGAAAUGCUGUUGUAGUGACGACUCAAAUGCCCUCCUGUCUAGCAAAGUCUGCGAUGUCUUGCGAGAAGGAAGCUCCAUCCGAAAGAGUUAUGGAAGGAGUGAGAGAACUUACAAGAGACGUAUCCAUGCUCCAAGCAUCCACGCCCUCUCACAAGACUACCUCUACGCAGGUCACCUUACGACAGCGUCCUGGGAUGCCUACCAGGUGCCUAGGAGCCAGUACCACCUUGAGAAUGCCCAACAAGAUAAGACCCCAAAGGCCUGCUUCGCCUCUACUUUGAACCUGGUGGGCAUCCGAGGAACCCAACAGGCUGGCUCUGACUCUGCUCUGACACCCGGGUAUAGCCUUAACCUUUGCGGAAGGAAAUGGAUGUGCAAUGACAACGGAGGUGUGGUUUUGCUCUAUUUCAAGGCAGCGGGUGUUCCCAAAGAUCUCGAGGACAGCCUUUGCCCACCAAGCACGUCGGCUCCGCCCCCACUCCGGGGCCGGCGGGGGUUCAGCGAAGAAAUCGCCCAUUCUAACUUUGACGGGUUCUUCGAAAUAAAUGUCCUAAAAAGUGUCACGUAA